AUGGAAUUCAAGGAGACUAGAAUUAGGCAAAAUAUACAGCACCUCGUGUCGCUGAUAAAAUUCCAAUGUGAACAAAAGAAGUACCUGGAGGCAUUUUUACAAAAGAAGUUGUUACAAGAAAAAGAUGUUGAAAAUUUAUUAAAGUUUUUAAGCUCCUCACUGCUGGUGGAGGAUCUAACAGUACCCAUAGCAUUGGCAUUCGAAGACUGUUUGUUGUUGUUGGUAACAAAUGCCGUGGCUGAUAGUGAUGUCAACAGCAGCAUCUCUAGCGGUUUUAACGAUGAAAAGUUCUAUGAAUAUCAACGUAAAGCCGUGGCCCUAGCCAAGCUGAUACAUUUGUCGUUGAGUGUAAAAAGAUACGCUCUCACUUAUUUCUCCAACAAACCGGCAAUAUUUUCUUCAAAUCUUAUGACUAAUGGUGUUUCAAAUAAAAAAUCCAAAUCGAAUAUUGAUGAACGCACUCCCCUUAACGAAGAAGUCAUAAUCAAAAGUUGUUAUUAUCUACUGAAAAGCAAUGUGAAUUAUUUUAAAGAACUAUGGAAUUGGUCUGAUUUUAUUGAACGCUAUGCUAAUAUGGUCCACGAUGACAAAUCGCCGCCAUCUCUUCUAAAAUUGUAUAUAAAUCACAUUUUGGCGCUACUAACCAAUAUGAGUUCACAGAAAUUACGCUCUCUUAAUGCCAAUAUCCCCGAAAAAUUGCUAUUGCAAUUUGAAGAAGAUUUAACGAAACUUACCAACAACAAAAACUCUAUACCAUAUGACACACAACAACAGGAUGACGACAAGCGUAUUAUCAAAGUGAAUUUAAAUUCUUCUUUGGUUACAAAUAUCGAAGGAGUCCUCUUACCCAUUUACAACAAGGCCAAUUAUGAAUUCUAUUCCAAAACUGAUGGUUUGCAUGAUAAAAUUGUACGCGUUGAUUCGACUAAAGUUAAUUUACGUAGCAUUGCCUUGGGCACGACAGCUGGAAAAGCUAUCUGUUUAUCCGGCCCUGUGGGUUGUGGUAAAACCACCUUAGUAGAAUAUCUGGCACGUAAAACGGGUAGAAUAUGUCCAAAGCAACAGGAAAUCGAAAAUGAAAUGGAUGCAACAAAGAAAAAACUCUCGAAGGAAAAUCAACAAAAUGGGCACGCCAAUAUUCCCAAAGUUGGUGUUAAACGUAAAACAGAACCAACACCACCUGCCGUAGAUGUUGUCAAGAAUGCCGAUGAAAUGUUUAAGGCCGCUGAAAGUUCGGAACCGGAAAACGGGUUUGUUCGUGUACAAUUGGGUGAUCAAACGGAUUGCAAAACCCUGCUGGGUCAAUAUCAUUGUACCGAUGUGCCUGGGGAAUUUAUAUGGUUGCCCGGUGUUUUGACACAGGCUGUUAUGAAUGGUUAUUGGUUACUUUUGGAAGAUUUAGAUAGUGCCACCACCGAUACCUUUACCGUGUUGAGUGGUCUAUUGGAAAAUCAAUAUCUAAGUGUACCCGGUUUUAGGGACUGUGUGAAGAUUGCACCUGGUUUUCAACUGUUUGUAACUGUGAGAAACAACAAAACCUCUUCGAACUCCUCACAAAAGGCCUUGUUCUCGCUAUUGGAAAAAUAUCUGUAUACCAUUAAUAUAUUACCCCUGUCACGCAAUGAAUUGUGCAAGGUGGUCAGUACCAAUUAUACAAAAUUGGCCACAGUCGCCAAUCGUAUUGUUGAUGUCUUCCUAACCUUUUCCAAAGGUAAUCAUGAUGUAGCCGAUAAUUUGCGACAACAAGAAACUGAAGAUCGUGCCAAUAACACUGAACAAUAUCUACAAUUACCCCACGAAGAGGUGAAUUUAAAUUCCGUCACCAAUUCAGGACGUCUAGUAUCCACCAGAGAUUUAAUUAAACUAUGUCAAAGAUCAAAUCCUGUAUUCUCUGUGACGAGUGCUGAAUGUGCCUAUUUUGUCUUCCAAAAUGCGGUGGAUAUUUUCUGCUCCUAUUUACCACAUAGCAAGGAGAAAACCAAACUGAUCACAAGUAUCGGUGCCAAAUUGGGAAUUAUUCAAUCGCGGUGUGAACAUUUUGCCGAAGAAUAUAAACCUGAAGUGCAGUUACAAGCUGAUCGCAUAAAAGUUGGACGUGCUGAACUGCAGGCAAGGUCACCAAUUGACGAUGUCGUCUCCACAUCCGUGACGGAACGCGUAGAAGAGCAAGCUUUGAAACGUUUUAAACUGACCAAUGGCUCAGAGAAAUCCAUUAAGGCCACACAGAAGAAAUCCGCCACCUUUUCAUUUACUCGUUUGGCAUCGUGUUUGCUGGAACGUGUAGCAGUUUGUGUGGCGAAUGCCGAACCCAUUCUAUUGGUUGGUGAGACAGGUGUGGGUAAAACUUCAUCGGUGCAAUACUUGGCAGAGAGGACAAAGCACAAACUCGUUGUCAUUAACAUGAAUAAUCAGUCGGAUGUUUCUGAUUUGGUGGGUGGUUUCAAACCCGUCGAUUUGGCCUGUGUCAUUGCACCUCUACGUACCGAAUUCGAGAUACUAUUUCGCAAAACAUUCAACCAAGCCAAAAAUGAAGCAUUCCUCACGAAGUUCAGUAUUUGCUAUAACCAAGGCAAUUUCUCUAUCGUUGUUAAACUGAUGCUAAAAAUCGUGCAAUCAGUAUUUGAAAAGUCCGAACGUAAUGAAUUGAGAGAUAAAGAUUUGCUCCUGCUACCCAGAUGGUUAGAUUUGAAAAUUAAAUUGCAUAAACUCAACAACCAACUGAACAAAUCGAUAAAUAUAUCCUUUGCCUUUAUUCCCGGAUCCCUGGUGAAAUGUAUCAAAAAUGGUGACUGGGUGUUGUUGGAUGAAAUUAAUUUGGCCUCAGCCGAAACGUUGGAAUGUCUGUCAACAAUUCUGGAACCCGAAGGAUCAGUGGUGCUGCUGGAAAAGGGCGACUUUAUUCCCGUUAAAAGACACCCUGAUUUCCGUAUCUUCGCUUGUAUGAAUCCCAAUACAGAUAUUGGCAAAAAGGAUUUAUCUGUGGGCAUUCGUAAUCGUUUCACCGAAUUCUUUGUGGAUGAAGUCUCCACGGAAGCGGAUUUAAGUCUAUUGAUAUCGGAUUAUUUGAGUGCCACCGGAAUACAAAAGAAAAGUGUCAUGAAUAUUGUAAAGUUGUAUAAAAAACUCAAACAAUUGGCCAAAUUGGAAUUAAAUGAUGGCCUUGGCAACAGACCGGUGUAUUCGUUGCGUACGCUGUGUCGUUCUUUGGCGAUAUGUGCCAAGAAUUUAUGUGGCUCCAUAGAAAGGAAUCUUUACGAGUCAUUUUGUUUGAGUUUCCUUACACAGCUGGAUCCUGUGUCGCACAAUGUGGUCGAGCAUUUGAUAAAAGAGGCAAUGUUAAGCAAUGCCAAGGCCAUACUUAGCCAAGGUAUACCCAAGCCAGGAGAGCAGUACUUAAAUUUCGAAGGAUAUUGGAUACAACAAGGACCCAAAGAGGUGGAGGAAUGUAGCAAUUACAUUUUAACAGACAGUGUCAAGAAUAAUCUGAGGGAUUUGGCACGUAUUAUCUCCAUUGGAAAACUGCCCAUUUUGCUGCAGGGUCCCACAUCGGCUGGUAAAACUAGUUUAAUCGACUAUGUUGCAAGACGCAGUGGCAAUCAUUGUUUGCGUAUCAACAAUCACGAACACACCGAUUUGCAGGAAUACAUUGGUACCUAUACCGCAGAUGCUACCGGAAAGUUGUCCUUCAAAGAAGGCGUUCUCGUACAGGCCAUGCGUAAUGGUUUUUGGAUAAUUUUGGAUGAAUUGAAUUUGGCUUCAACGGAAAUUUUGGAAGCUCUCAAUCGUGUUUUGGAUGACAAUAGAGAGCUGUUUAUACCUGAAACCCAAACGGUCAUCAAGGCCCACCCCAACUUUAUGCUGUUCGCUACACAAAAUCCUCCUGGUCUCUAUGGUGGACGUAAAACCCUAUCACGAGCCUUUAAAAAUCGUUUUAUUGAAUUGCAUUUUUCCGACAUACCACGCAAUGAAUUGGAAAUCAUUUUGGAGAAAAAAUGUCUCAUACCACCCUCGUAUGCCCGCAAAAUGGUAUCCUGCAUGAUGGAUCUGCAAAAGAAUCGAAAAACAACAACCAAAAAUGUAUUCACGCUGCGUGAUCUCUUCCGCUGGGGUAUACGUUAUACAUUGGCAGAUAAGAAGCUUUUGGAGGAUGGAAAUUACGAUUGGAAUCAACAUUUAAUUGAGGAAGGAUACUUGGUAUUGUCGGCCAAAGUUCGUAGCCAAAUUGAAAUUGAGAUAAUUGAAGAGGCUUUGUUUAAGAACUUUAGAAAAAAGAUUGAUUUGUCGAAGUUAUUUGAUGCCAAAUCGGAAGCUACACCUUCGCCUGUGACCAAAGAUAUUAUCGAAGCCAUAAGGAAAUUUACUCAACGUUCGGAUAUUGUGUGGACUCGCAAUAUGUCCAGAAUGGCCGUGCUGACAGCCAAAGCUUUGCAAUUCGAUGAACCGGUGUUGCUGGUUGGUCCCACCGGUUGUGGCAAGACUACGGUGUGCCAGAUAUUGGCUGCCAUCAAAGGUGUUAACUUGAGAAUACUCAAUUGCCACAUGCACACGGAAGGAGCUGACUUUUUGGGUGGUCUGCGCCCCUGCCGCACCCAGUCGGAAGGCGAGAAGAAAUCAAAUGCCAAACUAUUUGAAUGGACUGAUGGUCCUUUGAUUCAGUGCAUGCUGGAAGGUUGCUACUUCAUGGCAGAUGAAAUCUCAUUAGCUGAGGAUUCGGUAUUGGAACGUUUGAAUUCAGUUCUGGAACCUGAACGUACCGUGCUCUUGGCUGAAAAGGGUGGCCUCACCAAAUCCUCAAGUGACACGGAGAUUGUCAGUGAAUUUUUGGUCAAAGCCAAAGAAGGUUUUCAAUUUUUGGCCACCAUGAAUCCUGGUGGAGAUUUUGGUAAAAAAGAACUCUCGCCCGCUUUGCGUAAUCGUUUCGCAGAAAUUUGGUGUCAACCGUCAGAUUCCCGGGAGGAUCUGAUACAAAUCGCCAGUAAUUGUAUUUUGAAUGAACAAAAGGAACUGAAUCUGGAUAAAAAUGAGGUCGUGAAAAUUGCCUCCUUCAUUGUGGAAGUGGUAUUGUAUAUUAAGGAUGUGAUUGAGAAGUUCAAAUAUUCGGUUCGUGACAUUUUGGCCAUGGCCAAUUAUUUGGUGAGAAAUAAAUCGCUUAGCUUCCCCGAGAAGGCUGUCUUUGGUUUGGAAACAAUAUUCUUGGAUGCUUUGGAAAUGUUGACCAAUGACAGUAUGGAUAAGGUGGAAAAUCUAAGGAUGCAAAUUUUGGAAUAUGCCAUUAGACAAGCCAAUGUCAUAUUGAAAGAGAAAUUUUCCCUCGGUGAACUGAAAGAGAAGAAAGGAACAAGUGUUGAAUAUACGCAGGACAAUCGGUUUGGCAUUAAACCCUUCUUCAUCGAAACGAAUUUGAAACAUCAAGGCGAAGUGGUUACAAAGGGACAAGAUUUCCUGUUCGAUGCACCCACCACAAAACAAAAUCUGUUCCGUCUGCUGUCGGCCUUGUCUUUGCAAAAGCCCAUACUCUUGGAAGGUCCACCGGGUGUGGGAAAAACUUCAAUUGUGGAAAAUGUGGCCCGCGCCAUUGGCUACAAUAUUGUGCGUAUUAAUUUGUGUGAACACACCGAUUUGGCAGAUCUCUUUGGUACCGAUUUGCCGGCUGAAGAUAAUAUUCUAAAUACGCAACAAGAAAAUGGAGAGACAAAAUCUCCACAAAUUGGUUCAUUUGUGUGGCGUGAUGGUCCCUUGUUGUCGGCCCUUGAAGCUGAUCACACAUGGAUUUUAUUGGAUGAAUUGAAUUUGGCACCUCAAUCGGUAUUGGAAGGUCUCAAUGCCAUAUUGGAUCAUCGUGGUGAGGUUUAUAUACCCGAAUUAAACAAAACAUUUGCUCUGAAUAAACAAACUAGGAUCUUUGCAAGUCAGAAUCCCCUGAAACAGGGUGGAGGUCGUAAAGGUUUGCCACAAUCCUUUUUGAAUCGUUUCACCAAGGUGUACGUAAGGAAACUUACCACCGAGGAUUUGCUGCAUGUCAUUGAAGGCAAAUAUGAAACAAACUUUGCGGAAUUGAAACAACAAUUCAUCGAAACAUUGCCGGCAGACAAGUCGAAUGGAAAUUUAUUUGAUAUCUAUAAAUCGAUGAAAGCCAAUUCGGCACUAAACAAUGAAUCCUCCGCACAAGAUGAAAUAACCUUUGAUAUUGCAUUGCGUUUGGUACGCUUCUCGGAGACAUUGGAUCGUGGCAUUACCACCAUGGAAUUUGGUUAUAGAGGUGGCCCCUACGAAAUCAAUUUACGUGAUAUUCUACGUUGGUGUGAUUUGUUGAUUGGUCCCCAAACGGGCUACACAGUGCGCAAACAAUCCACAUUCCAGCAGAAUUUCGAACAUUUCCUAUUGGUCCUGUACGAACGCAUGAAAUUGGUCUAUUAUCAGCGGAUGCGUUGCGAACAGGAUAAACAAUUUAUACGCAAUGCCUUUGCGCAAAUAUUCCAAUGCGACGUAGACUAUUUAAAUGCUAUUUCCGAAGAUGUUAGUUUAUAUUGGACCGAUGAUAAGAUUUAUAUAAAUGAUAUAGUCUUGGAACGGGAUACAAAGCCAUUACGUUCGUCAAAGGAUAAUGGCGAUUCGACCCUGCCAUUGCUAUUGGCCUCACAACGUGAAACAUUGAAAAAUGUCAUUGAAUGCCUGCAUAUGGAGAAACCCGUUUUGCUGUGUGGUUCCACCGAUUCGGGAAAGACGAAAAUUAUUGAUGCUGUCUGUUGUCUUUCCAAUCAAUUGUGUAAUACGGACAAUAUUGAUGACUCCGUUACGGGAAGUUUUCAACAGAUCGAUUUGAAUCGUCAUCUGGAAGAGAUAUCAAAACAAGUGGAAUCGAUAUAUUUGCACUACAUACAAGAUGCCAUUCUCGACUCAUCCAGCUCUAAAAAAGAUCUUAUUGAUGUCUAUGAUGCAUGGAGCAAUUAUAGCAUUUUAUCAAAUGCCAAAUGCGAAUUCCGCAACAAAUCUGUUGUAUCCGAAGAAUUAACAAUUUAUCGCAAACGUAUUGCAAAUCUUAAUAUUUGCAUCGAGAAAUUGUGCCAACGCCUAACGAAUGAAAAUGAAACCUCUUUGGCGGAAUUAAAACAUUUGCAGAAUCUAUUACAACUACUAAAGGCCCAUGUGGAAAAUGCUGAUACCCUCAACACUGGCGGCUAUUUUGAGUGGGUUGAUUCACAAAUUGUGCGCUCGCUGAAAUAUGGCCAAUACAUUUCAUUGGAACAUGUUAAUUUAUGUUCCUCAGCCGUAUUGGAUCGUUUAAAUCCCGUUUUUGAACCCAAUGGUUGUUUGAUGAUCUCCGAAAAGGGUGUAUCCAAAGAUAAUGAUCUUACCGAAGUUGUAAAGAAAUCACCAAAUUUCCGGGCCUUCUUAACCAUCGAUCCUAAGAAUGGUGAACUUUCUAGGGCCAUGCGUAACCGUUGUGUAGAAUUGGCCUUGACCGGUAAAGGCUCCUUGGAUUUGGAUGAUAAACGUUUAUUGGUCUACAAUCAGGGAAUUUAUGAUGUGGAUGCCAUCAACACUCUCAUUGCCAUACACGAGGGAAUUUCAGGACUAACUGAAAUCAAUAACUUUAGUAUUUCCCAUUUGAUACAAAUGGCUUUCCUGGUGGCAUCUUACAAACGUAUAGGCUAUCAAAUGCACCGGGCAAUUUAUGUCAGUGCCAUGGAGGUAUAUGUCUAUUCAGCCCACAUUGAUUUAAUGGGUUAUGGUUUGGCAUAUUAUCAAAAUAAACUAAGAGAAAUUGUUGCUGACCUUUCGCAAAAAUAUGCCGAUUUGAAAGUUACCCAUCCUGAAGGACAACAACAAGAAGAUUAUUUCAAAGAUGUUUUGAUGAAUUGCAGCAGUCUCAAUGAAACCUCAAUGAUUAAAUUACAAUUGGUACCAUUACGCAUUGCCUUGAACCAGGGUAUUACAUCGACGGCCGAAUUAAAACAGAUUUUGGAACAAGUCUUCGCAGGGUUCGCACAAACAAACAUUGAAAACGUGGAACUUACAGCGCUUCGCAAAUAUGUUAUUUAUAUGUUGUAUGAAAGCAGUUCGGUAAAAGAUUUGAAACUGCGCCACCUCAUGCUUAGCCAGUUAUUAGAACGACAACCGGAAUUGAAACAAUUAUCAGAUGAUUUAUAUGAAAGCAUUAAGUCUGGUGUCCAAGAACUGGGAAUUGACAGUGUAUGCCAUAAUUUACCCUGGAAUCCAAAAUUAUAUUCACGUAUACGUGAUUAUAGCAUGGAAACAUUAGAUGUGCUAAACAACAAAUCCCUGGCACUUAGCUCAACGAUGAUUGUUAAAACUUUGUUGACGGAAAUCCCCCAUGAAGCUGUCAACAAACUCAGCAAUAUCAAUGCCAUAACAUAUUCCCAGGCUGUGGCCAACAAAACCAUAACCGAUAAAUUAAAUAAUGAAUUUUUACAAAACUAUUCAAAAUUAAUGGAGAAUUUGGAAAAUGUUUUAAAAUCUUCACUGAAACAAGGACACAUUGAUAUGAAGAACUUUGUUAAACUCCAUACCUCCGUGUUGUGGUUCAAUAGACUAUUGGCAGUAUCUAAAGGAAAUAUUUUCCUCAACAAAGAAGUCAAUGUUGAUCUGAUGGAUAAACUUCAAUUACAUUUUAAAUGGUUGGAUAAGAAGUUAAUUAAAACGAUCGAGCAGCUAUUACCGGAAGAUGAUGCAUUGCUGAAAUUAAAGCAGAGUCUGGAGAUUGUUCGUAACUACAUUGAAAGUGUCAAACAUCCAUUGAAUAUUGUUCGCAAACUGUAUGCCAAACAGCUGAUGCAGUUCCAGCCAUUCUAUAAAGAGGAUCAGAUCAAACUGUUCACCAUUACCCAACAAAUGGAUCAAUUAAUUCAAUUGAUACCACAAUAUGGUAGUUUCUCAGCUGAUGAUGUGACAAGGAAGUUUACUACCCUCAACUCGGAUAACAAACGAAAAUUGCAGGCCUUAAUACAGCGAUUCUACAAGAAAUAUGAUUUCACCAAGUUCAAUGAAAUCCAUUUGAACGGUGGUGAAAAUGCAAUACCCGAAAAUCUUAAACAGGAAUUACAACGUUUUAUCAAUAACUGUUCGCCAGAUGACAAUAACGGCGAACGAGUCAAUGAUAUUUCCCCCGAAGAGAUCGAUGAAAUUGAAGAAGAAUUAAAGAAAUUGGCCGCUUCUCUAAAUGUGGACCAAGCCGAUGAAAUGCAUGUAGAUCAAUUUUUGGAAAAACCUCAAGAGAUGAAUUUAUUACUUUUGGCUCUGAGGGAGUACUAUUUACUGAAAUAUUUCAUGGCAAUUUUACAUAACAGAGAGUUGAAACAACUGCCCUCAAUUAACUAUGAAUACUGUGAAGAAGUUGUUAGCCUUAAUAACAAUGCCAUGGCUUUAUUGAAUACCCUAAAUAGCAAACAAUAUGAAAAUUAUCGCCAAGUGUAUCAAAAUUUGGAAUCCAAUUUAAAUACACCCGAAAGUGUGCAGCAGUUCGUUAAAUAUUUAAAUGGUGGUUAUCGUCAAUUUACAUCGUUACAAAGAUUAUUGGAUAAUGCCCUGAUACGUCUACAAAUGUCAAGUAUUAGUAACCAGGGUGGUUUUAUGUUGGCCCUUCGCAAUAACGAAGACAUCUCCAGUAUGUCGGUGUAUCAAGGUCCAUCGGUUAUAAAUACAUUGUGUGAUUUACUGUUGGCUUCUGAUGGUGGCUUUAAGCCGGUACCUCUGUGUAAUUUGGAUUUAUGGCGAAGUUCUUUGGAGAAUUUAAAUCAAAUUAUAUGGCAUAAUUCGAUGAUCAUGACCAACAGUUAUUGUGCCUUGGAGAACACUGGCAAGGUGGCAUUGGCCAAAGCUAAACGUUUGAUUUUGGAAAUUGGUUACGUCCAACAGUUGGCAAAGGGAAAAGAAGAAGUAAUGGAUGCUAGCAAUUAUAUGAAUGGUUUCCAGAAAUUAUUUGCAAACCUAAAGCAACAAGUCUCCAGGGUGGAGGUUGAUUCCUCCACACUGCCAAGUGUACACAAAUCCCUGGAAAAUCAAUUGAAAUUAUUUAACUCCGGCAUUUUAACUACGCUAAGUGGAGCCUUGGAAUUGUGUCUGCUCACCUUUACGCCCCUGAUCGAUCCUGUUGAAAAAAGCCGCUUGAAAAACAAUUAUCUUUUGGAAGAUAUCCAAUGUCUAUUGACCAUGUCGGCGGCCUAUGAAUUCCUAAGAAUACCCAUGAAAUAUAAACACUUGGGUCAAGAGAUCUACGAUUCUUUGCAAUUCGACAUGGAAGAGUUGAAACUGAAACAAAGCAAAUUUGAAGAAAGAGUGGCGCUGAGACCCAACAAAUGUAUCUACACCAAUUUGGUCAAGGAUCUUACACAUUUCCUCAACACAAAUUGUGAUCCAAAUGUGUUGUACAAUUUCCUGGAGAAUAUAAAACAAAUAUGGUCCCAACUCACAAUGGGCGAUAAUGGUGCGCAGGGUUCCAUUAAUACGUUGGAUGGUUGCAAUGAAAUCAUCAACAAACUUGAUUUGUGGUUGGCCAAUUCCCAGAGAUUCAUACAUCACACCAUGAAACCUUACUAUGGCCAUUACCAAGAUUUUAUGCAGCCCAUCGAAUGUGCCAUUAAUCACUUGAGUUUGGGUUUCCAAAAUCUUAAAACGGCUCUCAGCCAAGUCAAGGAAGCCAUGCUUAGCAAGGAUAAGGACCAGGUGAAUAACGUAAAUGCCAAUGGAAAACUGCAUUUGGUAUUGGAGAAUAUUAUGGAAUUCCCCAGUAGUCAAAAUUUGGCAAUUUACAAUGUCAACUCGUCGAGGGAUAUUUUGCAAAACCGCUGCCCAAUCUUUAGUGUUCUGAACGAAGUGCCCGGCAGUGAAAGAGAUUACUUCCUCUUGCUUAAGGCCAAGUUGUUGGAGUUGAAGAAUCGUGUAAACAUCUCCACUGUCAUCAGUGAGGAGUUGUACAAAGAAUUGGACUUUGCCUUCAAUAUUAUCAAUCAAAUCUGGCAACAAGAAGAAGAACGAAGGCGUCAAAAGAAAAAGGAAGACGAGAGCCUGUAUGCCACCAAAACCAAAUGUCAAGAUGAAGAUGAGGAGUUAAUGGAGCUGCAAGAAAUCGAGGAGAUGUUCCCCACCGGCUUGCAAGAAGAUUUCGGGGAAUUUGUUCAGGAGGAUACGUUGGAAAAGGUUAUGAAAUUGGAUAAAAAGAAAACCGAAAAAUUGAAGGAUUUAAAAUCACCCAUUGUUAAGGAUGAGGAUUACGGUUUCAUUGCCACUACCUUUGCGGAUAUUUUAAUCAAUUACACCCAGGCCUAUUAUCAUCAACGUAAUAAAUCCACAUCGACAGAGAAACUUGAUUUUGUCGAGUACUACAAAAAACGUUUGGCCGUCUUUUCGAGGAUCUACAAUAGCUACAAGGCGGCAGUGAAUGAGAUUAUGGACGGUCAGUGCUACAACAGUUUAUGUUUCAGCAUUAGCCUGCAACAGGAUUUGUUGAACGAUACCGGCAAUUAUAAAUUACCACAGAAACAGCACAGCUACAAUUUCUAUAAAGAUUCCAAUAUCAGUGAAAUACUCAAUUGUACCGAUGUUCUGAAGGCCAUAGAAGAACGUGUCGACAAGGAAUUGGAGCUGUAUCCCGAACAUGCCACCCUGUUGGAUAUUAAGAGAAUUAUUGCACGUAUACGACUGUUGCCCUCCACGGCUUCGGUUGUACGUUUCAAUACCGGCUUCCAGUUGUUGAGGCAAAAGGUUGCCCAAUGGAAUGAAGUGGCCCAUAAAAAUAAUCACUUGAAGGCCGAAGAACAAGAAAUUGCCGAGUAUGUACAACGUUGGACCCGUUUGGAAUUACAGUUUUGGCGCAACUGCAUGUCCCAAACCGAAGAGAAAGUGGAGACAUCAGCAUAUAAAUACUGGUUCUUUAUAUACAAUCUGUUGCAAGAAUAUUUGGCGGGUUGUGAAAUUGACAGCUCGCUGAGUGACAUCAGGGAAACCGAAAAACGUUUUGCCAAUUUGGAAACUCAAGAACCUGAUUCUUCCUCGAAACCAGCUGCCGAUUGCAAAUCCAAGGUUGAAUUAAAAGAUAUUUUACAAAUCCUCAGGCAAUUUGUUGAGUCCUCGUGUUAUGGCGAUUUUGAGAUACGUUUGCAGUUGCUAAUGGCCUUCGAAUUGUAUUUGCACAAUUCCCUUAACUACUGCCAAGAAGGGGGCGAGGAAGAGAACCACAAAUUACAACUAAUUUAUGGCUUGAGAAAUUUACAAUUGUACUUCGCCCAAUUUGGCAAAGAAAUUGUUGAACACAAUAAAGCAAUAAGGGGACCCAUCGAAAAGAAACUCAAGGAAUUGGUUAAAAUCGAAAGUUACAACAAGGACUUGUCCUACUUUAGUAUGAGAAACAAUGUGGCCAGGGUUCAUCGCAAUCUCAAUAAAUUCCUCAAGGAAUAUGAAAAACUGCUGAAGGAAAAAAUUACACCCGUAUUUCAACCCCAAGAUGCCACAGCCAAGGAUUAUAAUAUGGCCAAUGACAAGGGCAAGGAUCUAAGGCAAGACUCGACCAUACAAUAUUGCCGUGUGGAUGGUAAAUUGUAUAUGCUGGCACAGAAAUUAAAACCCAUUACCAACACUGCCCCUGCUGGGGAGGAGGAUGAGGAUAAAGUGGGCCAUCUCACUUUACUCCACAAGGUACAAAAACUCUUUAAUACCUCCCGAAAUGUGGUCAAGGAAACUGUUACAAAUGCCUUGUAUCCCAAACUAACGAUUGCCUUGGACACUUUACUCAGUGAACAAUUGGAAAGAUGUGAACAUUUGAGGAACCUCACAGUGGAUCGUAGCAAAGAAAGACCGAAACAAGUUUUGGAAGCCAAGUCCAUUUUGCAGCAGAAACGUAAAGGCCUUACCGAUCUCUUUAAGAUCCUCAGCAAUUUGGGAUUGAACUACAAAACGGGUCUGUUGGAGCUGCAGUUGCGCAGUGAAUUUGAAGAUUUCACCCUGCCAGCCUUUUGCAUUAAGACGAUGUUAAUCCCCCUGGGUAAGGCGAAACGUUUGCAGCCCCAAAUCUUGCAAUUGAAUGAAAACAUCGAUCUCUACUUCAACAAAAGUGUAUUUAAAUUGAAACUCUUGCAAAACAUUAUGCUGACACCCCUGUCCGAAUUGGGUCCUCCCAAUAUUGAAAGGAUUAAAGGUUUCGCAGUCGAUUUCUUCUUAUUAGUACAAAACCAAAGACAGCUACUCGCACAAACUACCAAAAAUAUAUACGACUAUCAUCUGACUUUGCAACAAAUUAAGGAAUUGGAUUCGUCGAUUCAACAAAGCGGCCAAGAUUUGAAACAUUUGGAUUUCCAAGCCCUAAGAGAUCAGUACAAUAUUUUCAAAGCCGAUUUUAUAAAAAUACGUUAUGUCUUCGAACAAUUUAAACUAUUCUGGAAUUGUGUACCGAAAAAACAACAACCGGAGAAUGCAUUAUUCCAGGGCAAUAAUCCACUGCUACAAAAUAGCGAACAGUUCAACACCAUCCUCGGCUAUGCCCAACAAAUAUUGAAACUUUGCAAGUCGACAUUGAAAGACAUAAUGGAAAAUAAUCACGAAUUCCUGGGUCAAGCGAAAAUACAGCGCUAUCAGGAAGCCCACAACAGUAUCCUAGAUAUAAUGCAGAAAUUACUGGAAUGUUUUGAAAUUGCUGCUGGAGAAUUUUUGCCCAUUGCUAGGCCAUUAAUUGAUUUAAGCAACAGCCUAGAACAAACCAAGAACCGGCUUCAUAAAGAAUCCUCCACCUCCUCUGAAUCAUCAUUAAUGGAAAUAAAAGAAAAUUCCUUGGAAAAUAUUACACCCGAAUUGGAAAACAUUAUCCAUUGUAUUCUCAUGGCUUUACAAAAACUCUACAAGAAAUAUCCCUCCUCAAAGUCCUCGGAAGAGAAUAAUGGCUCACCAAAGAGAAAAGAAGAGGAGGGUGCCGAAGAUGAUUUACAAGAACAACAUUUGAAAUCGAAAAUUUACAAUGAACUGAAAGAUGAUUGGCUGACAAUGCAAGUGGAUCUGAUCAAUAGUAAACUUUCGAAUAUUCUAUUAAAUCUCAAGCUAACCCAACCCUCAGCGGAAAAACAACAACUCAUACAACACUUGUUGACCGUACAACCUCUGUUGGAACAAUUCAAUUUAAUGGCGGAGUAUUAUCUACUCCAGCAGCUGGGUGCCCAUAAAGUAUCCGUGAAAAUUCUUUCGAUUGUCUUGACGGUCUUUGUCGAAAUAUCCACCAAAGGUUUUUGUGUACCCCAAGACCUCAUGCAGGACGAACAGGGCGAGCAGAAGAAAGACCAAAAGGAGGGUGAAGGUUUUGGUUUGGAAGAUGGCACGGGAGAAAAAGAUGCAUCCGAUAAAAUCGAAUCUGAGGAUCAAUUAGAGGAUGCCAAACGACCAGAAGAUCGCAAGGAAGAACAAAACAAAAACGAAGAUCAGCAAGACACCAAGGAGGAAAAGGGCAUUGAAUUGAGUGAAGAUUUUGAGGGUAAGUCGGAAAAGCCCGACAAACCUGAAGAGGAUGAUAGUGGGGAAUCCGAAGAUGAGGAGGAACUAAACAAAGAAAUGGGAGAAACGGAAGAUGGUGCUGAAAAGCUGGACGAUCAAAUCUGGGGUGAUGACGAAGAGGAGCCGGAAGAAGAAGAAAAGGAACUUGAAGAGGAGGAAGAUGGUAAAGGUUCCAAAGAUGAAAAGGACUCCCACAAUGAUCUCAACUCCAAAGAUGAACAGGCCAAGGAAGGUGAACAGAACAAUGAAGAAGAAACCGGUUUAGAUUCCACCAAUGAUCCCAAAGAGGAUAAACGCAAACAACAAGAAAAGGACAUUGAAGACAUGAAGGAUCAGGAACAAGAUGAUGAACAAACGAAUCCCUAUCACAAUGAAUUGGAGGAGCCGCCAGAACCGGAAGAUUUCGAUAUGGGUGAUGUGAACAUGGACGACAAGGAAGAAAAUGAGCAGGACGAUGAUAAGGGUGGAGAUGACAAUCCCUUCGACAUUGAUACGAUGAAAGAAAACAUGCCCGAACAAGAAGACAAAUCACAAGAAAAUGAUGAUGAAAAUCAGGAAGAGAAUCCCGACAAAAAUGAAGACGGUGACGAUAGUGAUGAUUCCGAUGAGGAUGAAUCUGGGGAAAAAGAUCUAAUGAAGGAAGAUAAAUCCCAACAACAAGAAGAAGAGGGUGAGGACAACCCUGAGGAGGGUGAACAAGAAGAAGAGGAGGCAGAACAACAAAAACGUGCCGAAACCACACCGGAGGGGGAAGAAGAAGAAAAGCCCAAUGAAGAGGAAUCGGAAGAAAAUAAAGAAGAGAAGCCCGAAAACUAUGAACAAUCUAAAGACAAAGUCAGUAAAGAGGAAAAUAUCCAAUCGACGCCAGAUACUGAGGUUGACGGCAGCAAAGAUCAAAUGCCAGCCGAGCAGACGGAAAAAGAUGUGCAACAGGAGCAAACAAUGGACGAACAGGACACUGGGGAGGAAAAAGAUGGUGUGGGCCAGGCAGAAAAUGAUACAACUGAUGGUGGCCAUCAAGGUGUAGCAGAAACCAAGGAGACUGCCACCCAAGAGGAACGCAAAAAUGAAAGGAAGACAGAAGAAAAACGUAGACAGGGCCAAACGAAUGAAGAAAGAACAUUAGGUGAAGCUGAAAAGAAUAAAAUCAAACAAUUGAAGACCAUCGAUAAACUCAAUGAAAAACAACAAGAAGAUAAGGCCAACGAAGAAGACAAUCAGGAGGAACAGGAUCAAGAAAUGGAAGCUGAUGAAUAUCAACAUGUUAAAGAUCCCAAAGCCAACGAUAUGACAACAUUGGAUAAUGCCACUGAAGAACAAUCAAAGAAAAUGCAACAUCUGGAAGACGAAGAGAAAAAAGACAACGAAGAAGAAAACGACGAUGGUGAAACAAAUGAAAAUAUGGAUUUAGAUGAAGAGCCACCGGUCGGCGCUGAGGAUGAAAAUGAAGAAAAUCUUGAAGAAAUGUCAGCUGAAAAAAUGGAAAAGAAUAAAGAUAAACCAUCUAAGUCAUCCGAAAAGACCAAGGAACGUGCCGAGACCCAAGAAGAAAUGGAAAUUGAAGGAGAGGUGGUGCAAACGAUAACAGUGCCCAGAAGUAAUGAUACCACAGCGCAUUGCAACACUGAAUUACUUAUCAAUGACAGUUCAAAUGUUGAAGAUAUGACAACAGCUGAAGCUUUGGAAUUGAGAAAACUAUAUCAACAACAAGUUACCACACAAAAGCCGGCCGUUCCCACUUCGGACGACCAGGAAUCAUGGCAAGUGAUAUCAAAUCGUAUGACACAAAAUGCCCGCGAUUUAUGCGAACAAUUACGCCUGAUAUUGGAACCGACCAAAUGUACUCGCCUAAAGGGUGAUUACCGUACUGGACGUCGUAUAAAUAUGAAAAAGAUCAUACCCUAUAUUGCAUCUCAAUUCCGUAAAGAUAAAAUUUGGUUGCGUCGGACAAAGCCUGCACAGCGUGAUUACAAAAUUACCAUAGCCAUUGAUGACUCGAAAUCAAUGCAUCAUAACAAUUCUAAAACUCUGACAUUAGAAGCUAUUUCCUUGGUCUCGCAAGCUUUGACAUUGUUGGAAAGUGGCCGUUUAAGUGUGGUAUCUUUCGGAGAACAACCGCAGAUUUUAUUAAAUCACACGGAGCAAUUCGAUGGACCCAAAUUGGUAAAUUCAUUACAAUUUUCACAGGAUAAAACAAAAAUUGCAGGACUAUUAGAUUUUAUACGAACAAUAAAUGCCGAGGAAGGUGCCAUGGGUAGUUCAGAUAAUGGUUUAUUCGAAAAUCUGUUAUUGAUUUUAAGUGAUGGACGUAAUAUUUUCAGUGAAGGCAAGAUGAAGGUCAAAAAUGCCAUUAAAUUGGCCCGACUCCAGAGAAUUUUCCUGGUCUAUAUAAUUAUUGACAAUCCGGAUAAUAAAAAUUCCAUAUUGGAUAUUCAAACAAUGGAAAUGUUACCGGACAAACGUAUAAAUAUUAAGUCCUACUUAGAUGAUUUCCCCUUCCCCUAUUAUGUUAUUGUUAGAGAUCUAAAUCAAUUGCCUUUAGUUUUAAGUGAGGCCAUGCGUCAAUGGUUCGAAAUGGUUAAUAGUGAACAGUAA